CUCAAAGACCUCUUGGCCUCUCAUUCCCACUUGCUAGAUUUCCCACAUAUCAAUCCAACUAUAUAUACAUAUUUGUUAGUCCACAACCAAAUCAAGUCUUGAAAGAAAAUCUUUCUACACCAAGGUAUUUGAGAUCAUCAUUGCGUGAAGCAAUAGGAAAGAAAAAUUACAGCAAUGGCUAUUCUUUUCCGGGGUGUUAUGCAUGCUAAGCGAAUUCUAUCUCGAACAAAUUUUCUUGCUAAUCAGGUAGCUUCAGUUCCAAAGGGGUUCAUGGCAGUUUAUGUUGGAGAAAGCCAAAAGAAGAGAUUCAUAGUUCCAUUUUCAGUCUUGAAUCAGCCUUCAUUCCAAGAAUUGCUGAGAAAGGCAGAGGAAGAAUUUGGAUUUGAUCACCCAAUGGGUGGUCUUACACUUCCUUGCAGAGAAGACAUCUUCCUUGACACUAUUUCAGGCUUGAAUUCAUUGUGAUAUAAAGAAACAAAUCAGAAAAAACAGUUUUGUAAAAUCAUUGUACAUUUUGUCCAUUUUUUUUUUAUAGAUGAUAAUAGAAAUUUGAACAGUUGUUCUGACUUUCUCUGCAUCAAUUUUAGAAGACAGAAUUUUAUUCAAUUGUGGCUACUUUCAUAUUUCAUAAUGCUUUCCUUCUCAUCCUAUUCUUUCAUCUAGUUCAGCAUGAGCAUGAUGCUUUGAAUGGGAAUAUUUUUUAGUUUCUAUUAUUACCGGAGUUUUCUAGUCACUGCAUCCUAUCUGAAUGUGCCUUCAUUUCAAGUUUUGCUAAGUGAAGCAGAAGAGUAUGCUUUUGAUCAUCCAAUGGACGGUUUGACAUUCCCCUCUGAAAAAGAUACUUUUAUCGAUGUCACUUC